CCUCUUUGUGGCGGCCAUAUUUACAGAAACAUAAUUAAACGAAGACGUGGCUCAAGUACUUAUAUCCAAGCCAAAAUUAUUAAUAAAGAAAAAGAAAGUCAAAGAGUUACCACCUAGAAUAUACGGAAACAGAAAGCUUUCCAUCUUAUGCAGAAAGCAGUUAUAGUGUUCUGUGAUUAACAACUGUGGCGUUAAUUUAUAACAGUGGACUUCUUAACCUUCUUAUUCAUUCAUUUUAAAUUUAAAAAGGUCUAGGAUGAUCAACAUGUCUAAGGUCUUAAUGAUUAGACAUUUACCUGCUACACUUUCUUUUCAAGAAAAGGAACAACUUUUAAAACAUUUUGGAGCGGAAAAAGUUUGGGAAACUUUGAGAAAAAGACAUUAUGUAUUCGCAUCGUUUGGUAGUGUAGAAAAAGCCAGGAGUUCUCUGAUGCGGCUUCAUCAGUUGGAGAUAGCACACAGGAGGUUGGUUGUAGAAUAUUCUGUGGAAAAAGAACCUUUAACACAGAAAAUAGAUUCAGAACAAAGUUCGGCCACAACGAAGCAUGUGCAAGAAUUUUUAAGGCGACUGAACGCUUGGAAUCCUUCAGUAGACUUCUAUCAACCACCUCCAGUUCAUUUAAAAUACAAAUAUCCUGAAAUAAAUCCUUCUAUUGCUGUGAAUCUCAUUCACACAAUGUUUACUCACAAGCCAUUUUAUAUCCAAAGUCUACAUUUAUUAAAUAAAAUGUGCUUAGAAGUACCAUUUGAAGAAAAUGAAAAAGCUAUAGAUUUUUUUAAAGAAACAUUCAAAUCGUACUUUUUUGAUCAAAUGACAUUAAUUCCACAACCACAAAGUGAACCAGAGUCAGAGAUAUCCAGUGAUGAGACUGAGCAGAAGACUGUAACAAGCCAACCAACAGCAUUUAAGAGAAAACGUAAACUAGUUGCACCAGUAAAGAGUGCAGCUGCAGUUUUGUCUACUGCCAUAUUGCCUAAGGUUAAAAAAGUACCGGUAAAUCAUGAAGAAGUAUUUGAACCCAUCAUUCCAAUACAAGAACCAAAGAAAAUAUCUUUAUUUGUACCUCAAGACGCAUUGCAAAAACCCUCUGAAGAACCAAAAGUUAUUGGUGAACUUGGUAAGUUUGAAAAGGAACCAGAACCAGAAAAAAUAGAAGAGGCAUCUUCAGAACCUCAGCAACCAACCAUUUCCAAAACAGAGUUGUUGAAGAAUAGAAUAUCUUACAAUGAUAUGAAAGUAUUGCCCGUGUUCAAGAAUUAUCACCCAGGACAGCCUUCAAUGAGGCUUUACAUUAAGAAUUUACCAAAGACAGCAACUGAACAAGAUGUUCACAGAAUCUAUAGGAGAUAUAUAGAAGAUUUGUCUGAGGAAAAACAAAAUGGUUUUGAUGUACGAGUCAUGCAGGAAGGUAGAAUGAAGGGGCAAGCUUUUGUUACAUUCCCAUCUGUUGCUAUUGCUGAAACAGCAUUGCAUGAAACUAAUGGUUACCUACUGAAAGAAAGACCUAUGGUCGUACAGUUUGCUAGAGCUGCAAAUAAAAAGACUGUUGAUUGAGAAUGCAUUUUUCAUU